AUGCGGUAUUUGUUCUCAAGAUCAUGUUGUUUACAUGUACAUGUAGAGAAAGAAAAGCAAGUAUCUCAAGGAGACUUGGAGAUUAGACCAGGAUCCGAUCUAUUGGUUGAGGUUUUAGGACCAGAGCAUCCUGGUCGUAUGAGGGCAAUCGGGCACAAUGUUGGAUUGAAGCAAUCUAUACUAGGGAUUAAAGAGAAAAAUAGGAAAAAACAUGAGAUACUAGAUUUGAAAGAGAUGAAGGCUAAGCAAGAGGAACAUGCCAAAUCGAUUGCUGACAUGGAAGAUAAUAUCGCCUCAUUACGACAUGAGAUUGCUAAGUAUAAUGAUGGCACUGUUACAAGCCCAAGCCCGGUGGUGAACAAAACUUGUCUUGAAUCGACACCAACGGUUCCUACAGAGUGUGAAUUGUUGCUACCUUACGACAUGGUGCAAAGAAGAUGUGCCAAGGGACGCGUCCACCCAUGUGGAAAUGGGAUAGUACAUUUGACACCUUUACAAAAAGAUCAUGUGAACGUAUCAGUAGAUAUAAUCUAUGGUGACUAUCAUUCUCUCCAUAUUCCUGUGCUGACCAGUGAUGCUGAUAACCUAGGGGAAGCACUUUAUAGUUUUAUUCAGUGGCCAAGACAUGCGAUUCUUCUUACUAAGACCUCCCACUCGUCUCCAUCGGUGGAAAAAGAUGCAAGUCCUCCCACUAAAAAAGUUGCCUCUGUUAUGGAUAACCAGGUCCAACAAUACCAAAAAAAGCAAGCAGCCAAGCGGUUGCUAACAAUUGCAAAGAGGGCAACACAAAAUUUUGUGACACCAAAGAAACUACAAGGCAGACCGGUCAUUCAAUCAUGGUAUAAUACUUUUACAAGCAACAAAUUUGUUGAAGAUUUUCAUGUUGAGUCAGAACCUGGUAUGUUUGGGCCGGGGAGGAUUGAAACAUACAUUAGGCAUGAUGUGAUUUUGGAGAUGUUGAAUAGUGAAGAGAUUGACAUCACUUGUAUACUUUGGUAUCAAAUAGUGCUACAUUCCAUUCUUGCAACAAAUGGGGUUAACAGUGGUUGCAUUUUGGAUUCCAUCAAGAAGUCAGGAAAUCCGAUUGAUUCCUACAAAGUCAUAAAGCAUGUUGAAAAGGCUGUUGAAAUGUUUAAUGAAGAUUUAGAAACAUCACAUCCAGUGAUAUGGAUAAUUGCUGAUUGCAACCAACAAUUGUCUAAAUGGGAAUGUGGCUAUUAUGUGUUGAAAUGGAUGCGUGAAUUUGUCAUGUAUCGGCAAUAUGCAUUCCCGAAUCUUUUCAUUGCUGAUGGUUGGUUCGAGUCCACUUUGAAUAAUGGAGCCACAGUAAUCGAAAAGGCGGUGGUUGGUGGCGGUGGCAAGGUGGAUCACAAUCUGCAAUUGAUCAUUGAGGGCGGCAUUGGGGUUGUCGGGGGUUGCCUUGGGGUUGUCGGAGGUGGAGCCGGACUCAGUUUUUGGAAGCAUUGA